AUGUUACAACCUGUUGUUAAACAAUAUGAUCACAACUCAGUUAAUAUGAGUUAUAUUCCCCAAAAUAAAAAUCUGAAUCAAUUGGAAGCGAACUUUAUGUACACUCAGCUUUUCAAGGAAAUUUUACUUGAGAUCGAAUAUGAUGAACAUUCUAUCAAGUUUUUAACAACUUAUUGGCGAAAAUUAUUCGCUGACAACAAGGUGAAAUUGAACCUUAUCGAUGAAUUUGAUCGUCGUUAUUGUUCUGAAAAUGCGAUCGAAUGGUAUACACGGGAUUGUUUCAUUUAUCGAAUGCUCAAUCAAUCGCUUCGUGAAUUCGAUAGUGAGAAUCUGAUGAAUAUGAGUUUCUUUCUUCGUGAUAUUCAUAUGCAAAUACAAGAAUUACAUCGAAAGCAAGUUAAUGAUUACAAUGGACAACCAUUUCUGGUUUAUCGUGGACAAAGACUCUCCAAAGUGGAUUUUGAAAAACUUUUGAAAACCAAAGGAGGACUCAUUUCAUUUAAUAGUUUCUUGUCAACUAGUCGAGAUCGAGAAGUAUCAAGUCGUUUUGCCAAUGGUGCUAUCGUGAAUACGGACACUGUUGGUGUUUUAUUUCAAAUAUCUAUCGAUCCUACGAUCGUAUCAACUCCAUUUGCUUCCAUUCAACAAGUUAGCUUUUUCUUAGAAGAAGAAAUUCUUUUCUCCAUGCACGCUGUGUUUCGCGUACAAGAAAUAAAAGAAUCAAAUCACGAAAAUCCGUUGUAUGAAGUCGAACUUAAACUCACAAAUGAAGAUAACGAUGAACAACUUCAUACACUUACUCAAUAUAUGCGGAACAGGACACGAGCUCCAACUGGAUGGAGACGAUUGGCUCUGUUGUUGAUCGAAAUAGACCAACUGGAAGCAGCUGAAGCAAUAUAUGGUGUACUACUUGAAACAACAUCUAAUGAUCGUAACAUUGCAUUUUAUUGUAACCAGCUUGGUGCCAUUAAAGACAAACAAGGUGAUUAUGAGGCAGCGCUGUGGUGUUACGAGAAAGCACUUGCAACAACAGAAAAAAUUCUUCCUUUAAAUUACGAAUAUUUGGCUGCUUGUUAUAACAACAUUGCCUCAGUCUAUGAUAAUAUGAAAGAUUAUUCACAAGCACUUUCACUUUACACGAAAUCAAAUGAGAUUCUACAAAGAAUUCUUCCGGAAAAUCAUCCGAAUAUGUCUGCCUCCUAUAACAACAUUGCCAAUGUUCAUCAACUCAUGGGAGAGUACUCAAAAGCAGGUUUUUUCUUUGAAAAAGGUCUUGAAAUUUUACGAAAAUCUCUUCCGUCCAAUCAUCCUUUAAUAGCUCGAUCCCUUUCAAACAACUCGGGUAUAUACUACAUAAUGAAAGAUUAUUCCAAGGCCCUUUCUUAUCUCGAACAAGCUCGAGAUAUUUGCAUUCGUUCAUUACCUCCCGGUCACGUUGAAUUUCAAAAUAUUGAAGACGGACUCAAAGCGAUCAAACGGAAACUGGAAAACUAA